CCCCUCGCCUUUUUUUUUAUUAUUUUUUUUUUUUCUUCUCCUCCUUGCAUGAAGAUGGCGGCGCCUCUCGCCAGCAAGGCAGGGGCCGCCGGCACCACCAGCAAGCCUCCCUUCCCGGAGCUGGAUUUCCGAUCGGGAGCCAGGGUGGAGGAACUGAAUAAACUCAUCCAGGAAUUCACCAAACACGACCAGCGCGAGUACGACGACCAGCGAGCCCUAGAGAUCCACACGGCGAAGGACUUCAUCUUCUCCAUGCUGGGCAUGGUUCAGAAACUUGACCAGAAGCUGCCUGUAGCCAAUGAGUACCUGCUGCUUUCAGGAGGUGUGCGGGAAGGUGUGGUGGACAUUGAUCUGGAUGAGCUGAAUGUCUAUGCACGUGGCACAGACUAUGACAUGGACUUCACCCUGCUUGUGCCAGCACUGAAGCUGCAUGACCGCAACCAACCAGUCACGCUGGACAUGCGCCACUCGGCUUUGUGCCACUCCUGGCUGAGCCUGCGUCUGUUUGACGAAGGAACUAUCAGCAAAUGGAAGGACUGCUGCACAAUCGUGGACCAUAUCAAUGGAGCUACCAAUUAUUUCUUCUCUCCGACAAAAGUCGCAGACUGGUUCUAUGACUCCAUUAGCAUUGUGCUCUCUGAGAUCCAGAAGAAGCCCCAACGAGGGAUGCCAAAGGUGGAGAAGGUCGAAAAGAAUGGGACUAUCAUAUCCAUCAUUUUGGGAGUGGGCAGCAGCCGCAUGCUGUACGACAUUGUCCCUGUGGUGUCCUUCAAAGGUUGGCCAGCUGUAGCCCAGAGCUGGUUGAUGGAGAACCACUUCUGGGAUGGGAAGAUCACAGAGGAGGAAGUCAUAAGUGGAUUUUACUUAGUGCCUGCAUGUUCCUACAAAGGGAAGAAGGACAAUGAAUGGAGGCUGUCAUUUGCCAGAAGUGAAGUGCAGCUGAAAAAGUGCAUCUCCAGCAGCCUCAUGCAAGCCUAUCAGGCCUGCAAAGCUAUCAUCAUCAAAUUGCUGUCCCGCCCCAAAGCCAUUAGUCCAUAUCACUUGCGGAGCAUGAUGCUUUGGGCUUGCGACAGGCUGCCAGCCAGCUACUUGGCCCAGGAGGAUUACGCAGCCCAUUUCCUCCUGGGUCUCAUUGAUGAUCUCCAGCACUGCUUGGUCAACAAGAUGUGCCCUAACUAUUUCAUCCCCCAGUGCAACAUGCUGGAGCACCUCUCUGAAGAGACCGUCAUGCUCCAUGCGCGGAAGCUGUCCUCGGUGCGCUCGGACCCUGCCGAACACCUUCGAACUGCCAUCGAGCACGUCAAAGCAGCCAACCGCCUGACGCUGGAGCUCCAACGGCGGGGCAGCACCACCAGCAUCCCCUCCCCUCAGUCAGAUGGAGGGGACACCAACCAGCCUGAUGACCGAUUAGCCAAAAAGUUGCAACAGCUAGUGACUGAGAACCCUGGGAAGUCCAUCUCUGUCUUCAUUAACCCUGAUGAUGUCACAAGGCCCCACUUCAGAAUUGAUGAUAAAUUUUUCUGAGCUUUCAUCAGUGUUUCUUGGGAUUUUUUUGCUUCGUUUUUAAAAACUCUUACAGUGUGCAGGUUUUUUCAUUUGGUUUUCCUUGAUGAUUUAGGCUCUUGUUUUUUACAUAUCCAGCGUAAUUGGAUCUGUUGAGAUCAAUCUGAAUUAUAAUUCCUGGUUCUGCAGGACGGUGCAGAUUUUGAAACAGUGUAUUACUAUUUCAUGUGCUGCUUUGAUUUUUUUUUUUACCCACCCCUUGUGUAGUUUCUAAAGGAUAACAUGCACCACGAACACACAUACCUACAGCAUAAUGUAGAAUUAUUUUUUUUUUCAAGCUUCCAUAAUUUAUGUACAUUUUUGGGCCCAGGGAAGGGAGAACUCGCCUUCCAUGGCUUCAGAAAUUCACUUCCGUUUCCAUGAGCUUCCAUCACCCUAAAGAAAGGAGGAGAGACUCUGGGUUGGAAAGCACUACUGAUAAAUUGAUGAGGCCAAAUCUGCUGGGCUGAAGCCCAGUUCAUCUGUUCUUCAUACUUCUCACACUAAGGGAGAAAGUUGACUUUAAAGAUGAUGAUGCAGCUUUUGGGGGAAAGAGUUGUUUCUGGUUUGAUCUACUUUUUGAAUGUAAUUGUUCAUAUUUGGACCUUGUAUAGUCCAGAGGGUUGUUUCUGCUGCUUUUCCAUGCGGAAUAAGGUUAUGGAAUGUUAGUUUUAGUGUGUGUAAUUAUUCAAAGCCUUAUUUAAAUUCUAUUAAAGAACAUACCAUUAUAAAUGU